CCUGCUGAAUCUGGUCACGUUGUAAUAGCUUGGUCAAGGCUUGGAUUCUGAAUGCAGUUUCAAAGCAGAUAUACAAAAGUAUUCUCAGGUUUGAUGAUGCUUCAAUGAUUUGGAAGGAUUUGUACACUCGGUUUCAUAUUACAAAUAUUCCCAGAUCUUAUCAAUUAUCUCAGCAGAUCUGGUCACUACAACAAGGAUCGAUGGAUUUGGCUACAUAUUACACUACUUUGAAGACUCUUUGGAAUGAUUUGGAUGGAGCUAAUUGUGUGAAAAUUUGCAGGAAUUGUGAUUGUUGCAAGGCAAUGGGACAGAGAACUGAUAAUUCUCGUGUGAUUAAGUUUCUUGCUGGUUUGAAUGAUUCUUAUUCAGUCAUUCGCAGUCAAAUAAUCAUGAAGAAACACAUCCCUGAGCUUUCUGAAAUAUACAACUUGUUGGAUCAGGAUCACAGUCAGAGAAAUCUCACACCAGUUCAGAAUGAUGUGGCUUUUAAUGUUGCUGCUUCAGAAUCAACAUCAGCUUCUGUGAAUGCUACUUACAAUCAUUCCAAAGGUCCAAAAGUGAUUUGUUCUCAUUGUGGAUAUACAGGUCAUACAGUUGAUAAGUGUUACAAGAUUCAUGGCUAUCCACUGGGUUUCAAACACAAACAUAAGAAUCAGUCUGACAAGUCUUCUGAUCGACAGUCUCUUCCUGCUAAACCAGUUGUUGCUCAGCUUGCUUUGACAGACUCUUCUACUGGUGAUUUGUUUACAGGAAUGGCUAAGACUCUCACUAAGGAUCAGAUUCAGGGGGUUCUUGAUUAUUUUAAUUCUCAGUUUCAGGCUAAUUCCAUUCAAGGUCCUUCUACUUCAGUUGCUUCUACUUCAGGUCCUUCUUCAGGUGCUACUAUUACCGCAUUGCCUGGAUCCUAUCAAGGGCUUGAUGAUUGGGAAGGGUGAACAGAUUUCAAAUCUUUAUGUCUUGGAUGUUAAGACUGUUAUCAAUGAUUUUACUCAGCAGAUUUCAUAUUCUACAAAUGUUGUUGUUGAUUCUAGCUUAUGGCAUAAUAGGCUAGGUCAUCCCUCUGA